GGCGGCGCGGGCGGUGUCAGUCGCGCGCGGUGGCCGCGUGAGGAGGCAGCGCGCGCACCGGCCCCCCCUCGCUCCCGCCCGCAGCCGCCGCCAUGGCCGCCUACCGGCUCGUCCUCGUCCGCCACGGCGAGAGCGCCUGGAACCUGGAGAACCGCUUCAGCGGGUGGUACGAUGCCGACCUCAGCCCUGCCGGGCAGCAGGAGGCGCGGCGCGGAGGAGAAGCCCUGCGAGAUGCUGGCUACGAGUUCGACAUUUGCUUCACCUCGGUACAAAAAAGGGCCAUCCGCACCCUCUGGACCGUCCUGGAUGCCAUUGAUCAGAUGUGGUUACCCGUGAUCCGAACCUGGCGCCUGAAUGAGAGGCACUACGGGGCCCUCACUGGUCUGAACAAGGCUGAGACGGCAGCAAAGCAUGGUGAGGCACAGGUGAAGAUCUGGAGGCGCUCAUAUGACAUCCCCCCGCCUCCCAUGCAGUCUGAUCACCCCUUCUACAGCACCAUCAGCAAGGACCGUCGCUAUGCUGAUCUGACAGAGGACCAGCUGCCGACGUGUGAGAGCUUGAAGGACACCAUCGCCCGGGCUCUGCCUUUCUGGAAUGAGGAAAUUGUCCCACAGAUCAAAGAAGGCAAGCGAGUCCUUAUUGCUGCCCACGGCAAUAGCCUGCGUGGGAUUGUCAAGCACUUGGAAGGCAUGUCGGAAGAGGCCAUCAUGGAGCUGAACCUGCCCACCGGCAUCCCUAUUGUCUAUGAGCUGGACAAGAACCUGAAACCUGUCAAGCCCAUGCAGUUCCUGGGGGAUGAGGAGACCGUGCGCAAGGCCAUGGAGGCUGUCGCUGCUCAGGGCAAGGUCAAGAAGUGAGGGCGGGCAGCUGGCACGUAGUAGAGCCCCCCCCCCCCGACCCCCAGCCCCUCUGUGCACACCCCCACAGCCGUAGGAACUUGAAGCUGCGGAGCUGGAGCAGCUCCCUAGGAUUAGGCCCAUUCCCUUGGGACCAGGCUUCCCUCUGCAGACAGCCUGUGGGCCCGGGGGCGAGGGCUGUGUGCGUGUGGCUCUGGUGCAAAAGGGAGCACUGGCUCUGCCAGGCAGCAACCACACACCUCUCCGCACCAACAUCCUAGCCCUUGGGCCUUGUCUGUAGCGGGAUGCGCCGAGCAAUCCCUUGCUGUGCCAGGCUCCUCCUCUGCUUCGCUUCCCUGCAGCUCUCGUCACCGUUACUGUAGUUUUGUUGCUUGAUUUAGUCACCCCGGGAGCAGUGGGGCAAGCACAGCAUGGGCAGCAACUGAGAUGGGUCCCCAUCACCUCAUGGGUGCAUGGUACAGGGAUCGGAAUGUGUAGGCGCUGAAAGGGAUGAGGUUUGGUGCAUGUGGUCCAUGGUACUCAUGCUUCUGGACCCAGCUCUGCCAGACCCUGCUUUAACUUAUUGCCUUUGGACAAGGGUGAGGGAGGGAGCCUGAUGUCUGGAGGUCCAUGUCUGCCACAUACUUCCCCCCAGCCACAGCCCAUCCUCAUCUUGCCAGUGCAGCAGGUGCCAUUGUGCCCCAUCCCACGUCUGUGUUUGUGACCUUGUCACUGUGGCCUCCCCUUCUGCCGGCACUGCAAGCCCAGGCUUGCAUGGGGUCAGUGUAACUGUCCGACCAUAGCAGCUGUCUUGUUCCUGUUCAAUAAAGUCAUGCGCAACAAG